GAACAGCAGCAAAAUUCAGAGCUUCACACCCUCUUUUCUCUGAAUUUGAUUUAUAUAUUGGUUAAAAAUUCGAUGCCUUUAUUAUAUUCGACCUCGUUUCUUCUUUACCGGCCACCAUCAACGGCUCCAACGACCAAUCGCCACUUCCCUCCUCAACGCCCCGCCACGUGUCCUUCAUCCUCUUUACGGCGCCUUUUCGCCUCCGAGCGCAAACCCCUUCUCCCUCCGCUCCCACUCCGCUCCGCCGGGGUUUUCAGACACCCCAAUUUGCAGUGCUCGUCGUCGUCCUCCGUAUCAAUGUCGGCCGAGGAGGAGCCCACUUCUACCUCGCAGAGGGGUGAACAGCUGCAGAGUGGCUUCUUGUAUCGAGCGUUCUGGGUUAGUGAAUCAAUUAUUGCCUGGAAUGUCGAUGUUGGAAAUGGUUCCUGCUACUUAUUUGCUAGUAAAACCGCGGCUUUAUCUUGUUCGAGUGAUGGAAUUCUAGCAGGUGAGGAUAUAAAAGUAAAGCUUGAAGAAGAUAAACAUGGGCUUCCGGAAAAUGUGAAAGAAAAAUUUCCCCAUAUCAAAGAUUACAGAGCUUUUAAUGUGCCCCCUGAUUUGGAUGCCAAACCUCUUCUCAAAUGCCAACUGGCAGUUGCUACUUUCGAUGCUAAUGGAAGGUGCAGUGAUGCCACUGGUCUGCAGUUACCUGGUAUUUUAGAUGAAUUGUUCUCGUAUAAUGGUCCCCUUGGUGCACUUUAUUCAGAAGAAUCAGUGUCACUGUACCUUUGGGCGCCUACGGCUCGGGAAGUAUGUGUUUGCAUCUAUAAGGAACCGUUAGGUGGGGGGAAUCCCCUAGAAGUUGUGCAACUUGAGGAGGUUAAUGGCGUUUGGAGUACUAAAGGGCCAAAAAGUUGGGAAGGCUGCUAUUACGUGUAUGAAGUGUCUGUAUAUCAUCCUAGCACCUUGAAAAUUGAAAAGUGCUAUGCAAACGAUCCAUAUGCUAGAGGGCUUUCAUCAGAUGGCAGGCGGACAUUGCUGGUUAAUCUUGAUUCUGAUGAUAUAAAACCUGAAGGAUGGGAUAAAUUGGCUGAUGAGAAACCUGAUAUAAAUACUUUCUCCGACAUAAGUAUUUAUGAGUUACACAUCAGAGAUUUCAGUGCCAAUGACCAGACUGUGCAUUCUGAAUUUUGUGGUGGAUAUCUUGCCUUCACUUUGCAGGAUUCAGCGGGUGCAUUUCAUUUGAAGAAAUUAUCAAAUGCUGGUAUCACUCAUGUUCAUCUACUGCCAGCCUACCAAUUUGCAGGGGUUGAUGAUGAGAAGGAGAAUUGGAAGAGUGUAGAUUUCAAGAUACUUGAAAAGUUUGCUCCAGAUUCGGAUGAGCAACAAGCUCUUAUUACAGCUAUCCAAAAUGAUGAUGGAUAUAACUGGGGGUACAACCCUGUUCUCUGGGGGGUCCCUAAAGGAAGCUAUGCAAGUAAUGCAAAUGGUACAUACCGUGCAAUUGAGUUCAGGAAGAUGGUCCAGGCGCUUAACCGUUACGGCCUUCGUGUUGUCUUGGAUGCUGUCUACAAUCAUUUGUCCGAAAGUGGGCCAUUUAGUGUGAAUUCUGUUCUUGAUAAGAUUGUUCCAGGAUACUACUUAAGAAGAAAUACAGAUGGCUUUAUCGAGAAUAGUACAUGUGUGAACAACACUGCUAGUGAGCAUUUUAUGGUUGAGCGUUUAAUUGUUGAUGAUCUAUUGCACUGGGCAGUUGAUUACAAGGUUGAUGGGUUCCGGUUUGAUCUUAUGGGUCAUAUAAUGAGAAGAACAAUGGUGAAAGCAAAAGACGCACUCUGCAGCCUAACAAAGGAAAGGGAUGGAGUUGAUGGCUCAAGUAUCUAUAUAUAUGGUGAAGGAUGGGAUUUUGGUGAAGUUGCCAAUAAUGGACGUGGAAUAAAUGCAUCACAGUCCAAUCUUCGUGGAACUGGAAUUGGGAGUUUUAAUGAUCGAAUACGGGAUGCAAUACUUGGUGGAUCUCCAUUUGGCCAUCCUCUUCAGCAAGGAUUUGUGACCGGUCUACUCUUGCAGCCUAAUGGUCACGAUCAUGGUCCAGAAAGUGUUGCAAAACACAUGCUUGCUGAAUCAAAGGAUCACAUUCAGGUUGGAAUGGCUGCAAACCUGAGGGAUUUUGUGCUAACCGAUUGUGAAGGGAAAGAGGUAAAAGGAGCAGAAGUUUUGACCUAUGGCGGGACACCUGUAGCAUAUACUUUAUCUCCUACUGAAACUAUCAAUUAUGUUUCUGCUCAUGACAACGAAACUCUGUUCGACAUCGUGGCUCUGAAGACUUCGAUGGAAAUUUCUUUAGAGGAGAGAUGCAGGAUAAAUCACUUGGCGACAAGUGUAAUAGCACUCGGACAGGGGAUACCAUUUUUCCACGCCGGCGAUGAGCUGCUUCGGUCAAAAUCACUUGAUCGUGACUCAUACAAUUCUGGUGAUUGGUUCAAUAGGCUGGACUUCGCUUAUAGCUCUAACAAUUGGGGUGUUGGCCUUCCUCCAAAAGAGAAGAACGAACACAGCUGGCCGCUAAUGAAACCAAGAUUAGCAGAUCCAUCCUUUAAGCCUCAGAAGAGUCACAUCCUCGCUGCUGUGGAGAACUUUUCUAAUUUGUUACGUAUUAGGUACUCUUCACCACUUUUUCGUUUGAGGACAGCAAAUGCUAUUCAGGAACGGGUACGUUUCCAUAAUACUGGUCCUUCAUUAGUCCCUGGAGUCAUAGUAAUGAGCAUUGAAGAUGGUCAUGAAGGCGUGCCAGGGUUAUCUCAGCUUGAUCCAAUUUUCUCUUACAUUGUGGUUAUCAUCAAUGCGUGUCCAACUGAGGUGUCAUUUGCCAGUCCCCCUCUUCGGUCUAGGACUCUUCAGUUGCAUCCUGUGCAGGUAACGUCAACGGAUGAAAUAGUUAAGAGAUCUACGUAUGAUGGUUCCUCAGGAUGCUUCACUGUGCCCCCAAGAACUACAUCUGUGUUUGUUGAACCUCGGCGAGUUUGAGUAGCUCAGCUGUAGACGUGUUGUUCCAAGGAUGUCAUAAGAGUUGAGUGCCAUGGUCGACCAAAGCAUGGUUUUUUCCUGCAGUUGAGGAGGGAGAGAGGCAAAACCCAAUCAAACUUAUUUUCCAAUUUUAUUCCAGAGUGAUUAGUGAUCCAAAGAGAGUUUUAUUUUGUGAGUGAAGUUAUAAAAAAAACUCUUUUUAUUAUUUUGUUUAUAAUUUCUAAUAAUUCUAUAUAUAUAUACAUAUAUUAGUUCAGUAA